AUGGAGCUUCAAGUAUGCCUGGAUAUGAUGAGGCGUUGUUCGCUCCUUAUUGCGUUGGUGUUCUGCAUCGACCAUGUUGCAUGUUUGGAAGCCCCGGGUGUCCAAAAUUUGUCAUCGAUAUUUAACAACAAGCCGUCAAAGAACUGGGUUGUCCUUGUCGCUGGUUCUGACGACUGGAUAAAUUAUCGGCAUCAAGCGAACGUUUUUCACGCCUAUCACGUCAUGCGUGCAAACAAAAUUCCAGCGGAGAAUAUAAUUACCUUCGCCUACGAUGAUAUUGCAAACAAUCCCAAGAAUCCGUACAAAGGCCAAGUGUUCAAUGACUACGAGCACGAGGAUGUCUACAAAGGUGUGGUUAUUGACUACCGUGGACAAGACGUCAACCCGGAUAUAUUCGCGAAAGUACUGAAAGGCGACAAGAAACUCGAAAAAGAAGGGAAGAAGAUUUUGAAAAGCGGUCCUGAUGACAACGUUUUCAUCUAUUACACUGGCCAUGGUGCGUCUCAAGCUAUUUCCUUCCCAUCUGGAUAUCUCCAUGCCGUGGAAUUGAACGAUAUCCUCGGCAGCAUGUAUUUAAACAAAAGGUACAACAAACUGGUGCUUUACGUGGAUUCUUGCUCCGCUGGUUCUCUGUUUCGUGAUCUUCUUCCUUCAGAUGUGGGAAUCUUCGUGACAACCUCAGCGAAUGAAGAUGAACAAAGCUGGUCUUCUUUUUGUAAUGACAAGCGAAUCGGUGUUUGUUUAGCGACGGAAUAUUCGUAUGGAUGGAUUACGGAUUCGGAAUACAAAGACUUGAAAAAGCGCACACUGGAUCAACAGUACGAGGAGGUGAAAAAGAGAACAAAAAAAAGUCACGUGAUGAAAUACGGUGAGAUGGUCCCAGAGUUAGCUCGUUACACACCUCAUCUAAUGGAGCUGUGCAAAGCCGGAUACGAGACCGCGACCCUCAUCGAGUCUGUCCACAGCGUCUGCUCCUAA